CUAAAAAUAGAAUAAAAAUUGCAACAGUGUGGAGAUGGCUUUAGGGCAGAAAGGUGCGCGGUUCAUCUCAGGCGCAAUUGGCGGACAAUAGAUCGGGCGCUCAGUGUCGCGCCGCCGCCCGCAUGCCCACGACGCGCCGCAUCCUCCCCUCGCGGUGGUUCCGGACUAGCCGCUCCCCCAACCCUGAAGAGCUCGAUGUCGUCCGACCCAGGACCCUGCCCCGCGACAUGGACCGGCGCCCGCGCGUCGCCCGCGUCCUCAGCUCCCCGGCCCGGACCCAGCAUCAAACACAACCCCUCGAUGAAGAAUCCCUCGAACGAGCGUACCCCUCCAUGGGACACCUGGAGUACGUCCUUGCCGGAUCAUCCCCGCCCGCUGAAAGCGCCCCUAAUAUGUAUGACAGCUUCGAAGAACCACCUUUGGACUUAACUGCGCACAUAUGCAGCGACUCCCUGCGCCAAAGCGCGCACGAGCAGAUGAGAGCGGUAGGAGGAAGGCUACGACUACUCGACGAAUUGGAAUCUGGUGUGAUAACAGUGGAAUCCGCUUUGGAUACUUUUUCAGCCGCUUCGGAAGCUGAACGGAAUGUGUGUUUAUUUUGGGCGGCGUUCCUCAAGUUAGCUAAUUGGCUGCAGCCGCUGGUCGAUGCUGGCGCCAAUCCUUUAUACUACGACGCGUUGGGUCUAUCCCCGCUUCACGUGGCAGCAUUUAGCGGAUCUACAGAAUGUGCAAAUUAUCUUCUAUCAUGUGAAGUUGACCCCAAUUACAUGCCAAGAUGUUUCGCGCCACUCCACUGCGCCGCUUUCGGUAACUCCGUGCAAGUAGCAAAUUUGCUAAUCAGUCGCGGUGCGUCAGUCCACGCGGCAGUUAAAUACGUCAAUUGUGAAGGUGGUCUGCUCCAUUGUGCGGUUAGGGCCAACUCUGUAGAAUGUUUGAAGCUAUUCAUAACGCAUGGCGUCGACGUGAAUCAAAUAGAAUCCGGAGGCACCAAUGCCAUACAUCUUGCGGCUGAUUUGGGAAUGAUUCAAUGUUUGACCAUACUUCUAGAGACGCCUGGUGCCGAUCCUAAUGUGCGAACGAGAGUUGGAGAUAGAGAAUCGACCGCAUUACAUUUAGCUGCUGAUGGUGGAUUCAUAGAUUGCGUGGACCUACUCCUCGCCAAAGGAGCUGACGCAAGUUUAAAAAACCAUCGCGGUUUUACAGCUUUACAUUUGGCUGCUCGUUCGGCAAGUCUGGAAUGUGUGGAAUCUUUGCUAAGAAAAGGGAAUGCUAAUCCUAACUCUAUGGAUUUCGAUAUGAGAACGCCGCUUCAUGCAGCUAUCGGAAAAUCUGACAGCGCGUGCGAUAUAAUAGAAACUUUAAUCAGUUGGGGAGCGAAUGUGAAUCAAAAGGAUGAAUAUGGCUUUACACCGCUGCACUUGGCUGCACUUGACGGGCUGUCCGCAUGCGUCGAGACAUUAAUCUAUCAUGGCGCUGACGUAACCACAAGGUCUAAAAAAGGAAAUUCUGCUCUUAACGUAAUUGCACGAAAGACGCCUGCAUCCCUGGCGAUGAUCACACGGAAGCUAGAUUGCGCCAUCACACUGCAUCAUUCUCAAAGCAGCAAUAGGGAAGUCGAAUUAGAACUCGAUUUCAGAAGCAUUUUACAGCAUUGCUACCCCCGAGAAAUAAGUUAUCUCAACACAUUUGUAGAUGAAGGUCAAAAAGAGGUUCUAUUACAUCCGCUAUGUUCAGCAUUUCUCUAUAUAAAAUGGGAAAAAAUACGUAAAUAUUACGUUGCCAGAUUAUUCCUGAGUUUCAUAUUCGUGCUUUGUCUUACACUGUAUGUUUUAACUGCUCUCGCGCAUAACUGUUACAAUGGAAGCAAAGAUAUGGAGGAGACAAUACAAGAACAAGAAUUAUGUCAAAAGCAAUCAAUUCUCGGCGAUUUGUUGAGAAAAAAUCCGUUUGUUAUUGAAAUGCAGUGGUGGGUGUUAGCGGGUAUCACGAUAUUUGAGAUCUUCAGAAAAGUUUACGGCAUCGCCGGAUACUCUACUGUUAAACAAUAUCUGAUGCAAUGCGAAAACAUUAUCGAGUGGUUUGUCAUUGUGAGCGUCUUCCUCAUUUCCUACAUUUACACAAACAUUACUUAUACAUGGCAGAAUCAUGUCGGGGCAUUUGCGGUGUUAGCUGGUUGGACUAAUUUGAUGAUGAUGAUUGGGCAGCUUCCGGUGUUCGGAACUUAUGUGGCGAUGUAUCAAAAGGUGCAAAAAGAAUUCGCCAAAUUACUGAUGGCUUACUCGUGUAUAUUGAUCGGUUUUACAAUAAGUUUCUGCGUCAUAUUUCCUGAUUCGUCAUCGUUCGCGAAUCCUUUCAUGGGUUUCAUAACGGUGUUGACAAUGAUGAUUGGAGAGUUGAACUUGGAUUUGCUAUUGAAUGAGCCGGAUGGCAACGAUCCGCCCGUCCUAUUGGAAUUCUCCGCUCAGAUCACGUACGUGCUAUUCUUGAUGUUCGUCACUGUCGUACUCAUGAACCUGCUCGUUGGCAUUGCCGUCCAUGACAUUCAAGGCCUCAGGAAGACAGCAGGGCUGUCCAAACUAGUUCGGCAGACUAAACUGAUUUCUUAUAUGGAAAUGGCAUUAUUUAACGGAUAUUUACCGAAAUGUUUGUUAAAAAUUUUGCAUUCGUCAGCGCUUGUAUCUCCUCAGGCGUACAGAGUAGUUCUGAGUGUGAAACCGUUGAAUCCCAGUGAGAAAAGGUUACCUAGAGAUAUAAUGAUGGCCGCGUAUGAUAUAGCGAAGAUGAGGAAGCAGUAUGGGCACACGAUAUCGUCGAGUGGGUCGACUACGGGCGCGUAUUCAUGUUUUAAGAAGUACGAGAAUAAUAACGAUUCAAGUUACAGAGAGUAUGGGUAUUCCUCAGGGUUGGGGAGUCUGCAGGCUAGGCUGGAUGAAACGUCUGAGAGCGUGCGUCAGUUGACUCAGGAAGUGAGGGAAUUAAAGAAGUUAAUAAGCGCCCAGCAGCUCGUGAUUCAGCAGGCGCUGGCGAGCGCGAUGGACAACCGCUGAUGAUAUAAUGGCCGACAGGUCAUUUAGUUUCAAUGCCAACUGUACACAAGUCAAUAAACUAUAGCGAACGUGCAUUGUCCAACAUUUGAACUCGUUUAUAACCAUUGUGGAUGUUGCGGACUUAAAAUUCUGAACGGUGAUAUUUUUUUGCUUUACAUUACAUUAGGCUAAGUAAGUUUGUAAGCGUUUUUGUUAGAAUUUGUUUAGUAACGCCGGACGUACUGACACUGUCACACUGUGUUUCAAUUUGUGAUAUAAUUAACUGUGACAAUAAAUUAAUUUUCAUGUGUAA